UAUGUUAUGAAGCGGCUUUCAUCCAUAAAGAUGUCCCACACUGGGGAAAAUAGCUUUCAGGCGGUUCAAACACUUCUAGCUUCACGCCUGAAAACAAAUUUUUACUCGCAAUGAAUAUUUUCGUUUAAAAGUCUGCAAAAAUCUUGUCUCGAGUUCAAGAUUUUAGUUGCUCUAAAACCCCAAUAUUUUUUACACCUUCUUUUCGUUCAUUGUGAAUAGAAGCAGCAGCUGCAGGGAGAUUGGUUUUGGUUCGUCUGAUUUUUUUCAAAAAUCGGCAUUGUUAGGAUUUCGUAAUAUUUUUCUUGCAAGUUCUGCUCACAAGCAUCGUUCACAGCAUGAGACAAAUUUGUGUAGAAUCUUAAGUAUUUUCUGUUUGCUUUUCAAAUCUAUCAUGGAAGGAAGGGCAUCGAUCAAGGGAAGGAUAUAGAGACUAUUAUCGGUCAUCGUCAAAGGUGUUGAGAUUAAGGGUUGAUACUCAUCAGACUAAGUAACAAAAAAAGGAGUGGUAAAAAGGAAUAUCACCAAGGAGGAGAUCGAUCAUUUUCAGCAUUACAAUUAUUUGCUAUUGUAACUAAGACAACAGGCGGUCUCUGACCACUUUUAUCUAAAGGGUAGAUUCCAAAUCUGGCCUGAGGAUUUAGAUGCCAACAAGUGCCUUGCAGCAAUUCUGUCUUUCCAGAAAGCAAGUCAAAUCAGGUCUCAAACUACAGUUCUUGGUUGGGGGACUUCAAAGCAUCAUUAUUUUUAAGAGAGCGAUUUAGAGAAAUAUUGCCUGUCAUCCAUCUCAAAGAUUUAGAGGUACAUGAUGAAGCCAAAAGUAGAAUCCAAGGAAUGCAUAGUGCAAGGAAUCAUAGAGACACAGCAUGUGGAAGCUCUGGAAGUCCUUUUGCAGGGACUGUGCGGGGUUCAGAAGGAAAAAUUGAAGGUACAUGAACUUCUGCUCAAAAGCGGGUCAAAUCUUGGAACAUCUUCAGAGGUUCGUCUUUUGUGCUCCUUGGAACAGCCAGAGCCUGUAUGGACUGUUGCACACAUUGGGGGAGCCCUUAAAGGUGCUGCUUCUGAUCAGGUCUCAGCGCUAGUGCGAAAUAGGGAGGAUAGUAGAGUGAGCAGUAAUGCCCUGAGGUUCUUUUAUGCAUUGGGGUACAAACUUGAUCAUGAACUUUUGAGGGUUGGAUUUGCAUUCCACAUUCAAAGGACUGUCAGAAUCACAGUCUCUGUGACUUCUGUCCAUAAAAUUCCAAAGCUCCAUGCCAUUGAUGAAGCAGUACCUGUGACACCAGGACUUCAACUGGUAGAAGUAUCAGCACCAUCUACAUCUGAUACUUACCAUGAAGCAGUGGCAGCAAUCUCAUCAUUUUCUGAGUUUCUUGCACCGCUUCUUCACCUUUCAAAGCCAGGUGUUACAACAGGUGUUGUCUCGACAGCUUCAGGAGCAGCUGGAUCUCUCAUGUCAAGGGGAAGUAGUAAGGGUGCAUUAAGCUAAUGGGUUUCACAAAAAUUAUGGUAGGUUGAAUGGUACACGAUGACCCAGUAUUUCAUCAUUUGUUGUAUGUAAAAUUUUGCUGAGCAAUCAUAUUUUGGGAUCCAGCUGCAUGUUUAUAUCAAGCCAGCCAUGUGCUUGAAUUGUUCACAUCACUGUCAUUUUUAACUUAUUUCUGUUUCAUAACAGACUUUUAAGACUAAUGUUGCUUUCUAAUGAUCCAAAAAACCUUGGAGAAACUCUCCUAGAGAUCAUCACCUACAUAUUUCCUUAGUUGUCAACUUUUUAACACUUUCAAAUACUUAAAUUAUCUCAAUAUGUACGAGAUAUAGACAUGCACAGAAAACACAGACAACAGCUGCAACAAAUGAUAUACCCUGGAGAAAUCCUGAAUGGGUGUUAUCUUAGUCUAUUACAAAUGUGUUACAGUGCCGCAAGGGCAACAUGGAGUCAUGUCAACGUCUGAAAUUCAUUCGUCACACUUGCAAUGUGUUUCUGCAACUCAAAGUCCCUUGUUCUUACACUUCCAAAUGUAAAAUGAACUAAAGAAUGAAGGAAACAUUGAGAUCCAACCCCUCAA